CUCAGUUCCAUUUUUGGGCUUCGUUUUUUUCUUUAGGAACUCGUGGCUGGUUAUAAAUCGUAACUCCGCAAGAUUGUACAUGAAAUUAUUCUCUUGUUCUUCUCGCUUUAGUGAGUGUCCAGUUUCAUUUAACCUCGGAAUAAUGGCUGGCAAUCUAUUUUGAUCCGAGGUUUAUUAUGAGAGAGGAUAUCAGAAGGUCCCUGUCUUUUUUCCUGUCACAGAGUUCCCCUCUAAGAAGCUGUCUUUGUUCGAUUCUUAUGUAAGUUGUUCAAUGAAUAGAUUCUAAUGUAUUUGUGAACAGUUAGAUCUGAAUCCAGGUGGAGCCAACAGACAGAAAGCACCAGCUGAAAACACCACAUGAUCUACUCACUACUGGUAUUAGUUCAGCCGUACGAUUGCCAUGCAAGAAAAGAGUUUGCUUAAGUAAAGCCUCUUGCGUCGCGUCAACUUGAAGAAGUCUUCAUUCAAAAUUCAAACAAGAUGAGAUCAAACAUGAACUUCAAGGGCUACGAGGAUACCAACAACCCCAAUUCCAUCGGCAAUAAUGGAAGCAGGCCGCCUGCAAAUCUCUUGAGGCAACCUUCAAUAUACUCCCUCACUUUUGACGAGUUUCAGAGCACUAUAGGUGGCCUUGGAAAGGACUUCGGCUCAAUGAACAUGGAUGAACUCUUGAAGAACAUAUGGACAGCCGAAGAGACUCAAUCACUAGCUAUGUCAUCUUCAGCUAACGGAGGAGAAGGUAGUAAAAACAACAUCACCAUCGUCAACAACAACAAUUAUUAUAGUAAUCCUAAUGGUAAUUUGCAGAAACAAGGGUCACUUACUUUGCCAAGGACUCUUAGUCAAAAGACUGUUGAUGAGGUUUGGAGGGACUUGAUGAGAGACAGUAGUGGGGGUAACAGUACGAAAGUUAAUAGUGGUGGGGUUGUUCCUUCCGCUUCUGCCAUGCCUCAGAGGCAACCAACUUUAGGUGAAAUAACAUUAGAGGAAUUCUUGGUAAGAGCAGGGGUUGUGAGAGAGGACAAUAAUAAUGUGCCUCUUCAAACUGGAAGACAUCAAUGGUUCAAUAACGACAACGCUGGCUUAAUGCUGGGGUUUCAGCAGCCAAACGGGAACUUGGGAAAUGCUAACCCGAUGGUGAAUAGCAAUAAUCCAGUUUCCAAACAACCUCCCACUGUGUCAUUGCAGGUAGGUAGUGGUACUGGUACUCAUACACAACACCAGCAGCCACCGCUUUUCCCCAAACCGGUGAAUGUGGCUUUUGCGGCGGCGGCGGCGGCUCCGAUGCAUUUGGUGAAUAAUUCUCAGAUUGACGGGAGGGGAGGGAUGAUGGGGGUUCAUCAGGGAGGUGGUUUGACGGUGGCGGGGUCUCCGAGGAGUCAGAUAUCGCCUCCGGCGGAGGGUGUGACAAGGAGCAAGGGGGAUCCGUCGUUGCAAUCGCCAGUACCGUAUGUGAUUAACAGGCCCAGGAAGUGCAGUGCGCUAGAGAAAGUGGUGGAGAGGAGGCAGAGGAGGAUGAUUAAGAACAGAGAAUCGGCUGCCAGGUCUCGGGCUCGCAAGCAGGCCUAUACUUUAGAACUGGAAGCUGAAGUCGAGAAACUCAAGGAUUUGAACCGAGAGCUAAAACGAAAGCAGGCUAAAUUUAUGGAAAUGCAGAA